AUGUUAUGGAUAAUAAUUUUGUGCCAAACUCUAGGUUCCUGGACCUACACAAAUUCCAACUCAUCAGCAGAUAAGUGGGGAAAAGUCGCGAAUAAGUUGUGUGAUGGAGUAAAACAGUCGCCAAUCCCAUUGGAAUAUGGAACAGCUCUUUACGAUUCUAAUCUCAAACCCAUUCACGCCUAUCAAAAUGGUGUUUAUGAGAGCUCUGAACCCUUCAUCAUGCAAAAUAAUGGCCAUACGCUUAUGGUCUCCCUUCCAUCGUGUAAAUACUUCCUGCAACUUAAAGGACGGAAUGGUGGAGCAUUUUGUAUUAAACAGUUCCAUUUCCAUUGGGGUAUGAAUAGUUCUGUUGGGUCGGAGCACACCAUAAAUGGUAAGACCUUUCCUCUUGAAAUGCACAUAGUGUCCUACGAUUACGAGCUCUACGAAAGUUUUGCUGAAGCCGCAAAGGGUUUCGAAGGCCUUGCAGUAUUAGGUCUGGUUUUCCAUGAGGACAGUGAAAUUGAAGUUCAAAAUACAAUGCUCUACAGAAUGGGAGAGUUCUUGAAAAUGGUUGAUAAAAUAAAAACUCCCAUGGCAGAAGUUAACCUAACAGCAUUCCCUCUAAAUGCAUUGUUAGAUAUUGGAAGAGGAAGCACCAGAUUUUACAGAUACGAAGGAUCCUUGACAACACCACCUUGCACAGAAAAUGUGUACUGGACAGUUUUUGCUACCUCCAUUCCCGUCACACCAAGUCAGCUUCAAGCAAUGCGUUAUAUUGAGUAUCCUGAGGAGGAAGAGUUUAAAAACAUGGGAAACAACUUUCGGAACCCAAGGAAAGUCAAUCCCGAUAAUGUUGUAGUACCCCGGAUUGUGUUCCGAUCGUGGAAUCCUGCAACAAGGAUCAAUUUAACAGCUUUCUACUACCUCCUCCUACUCAUAGUCAUGUCCCAAUAUUGA